AUGUUGAUCUGGAACGAUAGGAGCAUACCACCCGCGUCCGGCGAUCUAGAUGGCGAGUCUCGGGAUGGAGACGAGGGUCUGGUCGGCUGUCAAUCUGGCGAUCCUGUGGGGAUUGUGGGCGAUCCGGUUGGGCCUAGAUGGCGCGGAGACCCAGGCCGAUCGGGGACCGCUGGGGUGUGUCCUCCGAGAUCGGGCGAUACGGGCGACAGGUCGCGAUCCGGAGACAGAAACAUGGUGGGUCCUUUUGAUGAGAUCGGCGAGGUGGGUGGAUGCGUCGGAGAGGCCAUGAGACGGACUUGA